CGGCCCCUGCGCCGCCGCGUGCUCGGUGCCCGGACCCGGAAGGGGCGGUGGCGGCCCGGCCGCCCACGUGUCGCGCGCCUGCCAUGGAGGCCGCCGGGAGGGCGCGGAUGCAAGCAAAGGCUACCAAGAGAAAAGACCAAGUGUCCAGUGAGGCUCCCCCAGCAAAACGGAAGAAGGAAACGUCCUUUCUCCCAGCCAACAAAACUGGUGUUGGAGAAACUAGGAGGGCUUUUAGGGGCAAUGCACAAAAAUCAUUGUCUCCAAAGAAGAAUUGGGCUAACACAGGAGAUCGAAAGCAAGAGGAUAAGCCAUGCGUCAAGACUUCAUCGCUGUUCAAAAAUAACCCUGACAUCCCAGAACUCCACAGACCUGUGGUACAUCAGGUACGAGAACAAGUAUUUGCUCCGGAGACCUUCCAGGAGCUGGGCCUGCACCCACAUCUCGUUUCUACAAUAAGUACUGUCUUAAAAAUAUGCACUAUGACCAGUGUUCAGAAGCAGAGCAUUCCUGUGUUGCUGGAAGGCAGAGACGCCCUGGUGCGCUCCCAGACAGGCUCAGGUAAAACUCUGGCCUAUUGUAUCCCCAUGGUCCAGUCCCUUCAAGCAAUGAAGUCAAAAAUACAGCGCAGUGACGGCCCCUAUGCUCUGGUUCUGGUGCCCACGAGGGAGCUGGCCCUGCAAAGCUUUGACACUGUCCAGAAGCUGCUUAAGCCAUUCACCUGGAUUGUACCUGGAGUAUUGAUGGGUGGAGAGAAGAGAAAAUCAGAAAAGGCCAGGCUCCGCAAAGGAAUAAACAUCCUUAUCUCAACCCCUGGGCGUCUGGUGGAUCACAUAAAAUCCACAAAGAACAUUCAUUUCAGACGGAURCAGUGGCUGGUUUUGGAUGAGGCAGAUAGAAUCCUGGACUUGGGUUUUGAAAAGGAUGUCACAGUGAUACUCAAUGCUGUAAAUGCCCAGUGCCAGAAGCGACAGAACGUCUUACUGUCCGCCACGCUCUCAGAAGGUGUAGCACGGCUAGCUGAUAUCAGUUUGCACAAUCCAGUCAGUAUUUCUGUUCUGGACAAAAGUCAUGACCAUUCUAACCCAAAGGACCAAGUGACCCAGGAAGUCACUCCUCCCCAAGCUGCUGACCAGCUGGGUGGCUUUGCCAUACCAGAGAGUCUCGACCAGCAUGUGGCACUGGUGCCCAGCAAACUGCGACUUGUGUGCCUCGCAGCCUUCCUCCUCCAAAAGGGCAAGCUGGAGCAGGACCAGAAGGUGAUCGUCUUCUUCUCGAGCUGUGAGCUGGUGGAGUUCCACUACCACCUCUUCCUGCAGACCCUGCUGAACCGCCUGCGGGCCCCAGCCCCUGGGCAGCUGCCCUCUGCCUCACCGCAACUGGCAUUCCUACGGCUGCACGGCAACAUGGCGCAGGAGGAGAGAACAUCGGUGUUCCAGGAAUUCUCACGUUCCAGAACGGGCAUCCUCCUCUGCACGGAUGUUGCAGCUCGUGGCUUAGAUCUCCCACAAGUCACAUGGAUUGUUCAGUACAGCGCCCCGUCUUCACCUGCAGAGUACAUCCACCGGAUUGGAAGAACCGCCCGGAUUGGCUGCCACGGGAGCAGCCUGCUCAUCUUGGCUCCUUCAGAGGCAGAAUAUGUCAACUCGUUGGCUGCUCACAAAAUCAACAUUUCUGAAGUUAAGAUGGAAGAUAUUUUGUCCAUUCUGACAAAGGAUGAUUGUUUUAAAGGAAGAAAAAGAAACCACAAAUCCCACGCUGCUGGCCCCCAGGAAAUCCGUGAGCGAGCCACAGUCUUGCAGACAGUAUUUGAAGAUUACGUGCACUCCAGCGAGAGGACGGUCUCCUGGGCAAAGAAAGCCCUGCAGUCCUUCAUCCGCGCCUAUGCUGCCUAUCCCAGGGAGCUGAAGCACAUCUUCCACGUACGAUCCCUCCACCUUGGGCACGUGGCCAAGAGCUUUGGGCUCAGAGAUGCACCCAGGAAUCUCAGUGUCUCCACUGCGAAGAAGAGGAGGGCAAACCUGAAAAGGCCCGGCCUUCGCAAGAAGACCCAGAGCACACACCAUCUCGCCCAGGUCCUGCACUCUGAAUAUGCAAGUGGCCUGGAGGCUUCGAGAGGAGGCCAGAAGGCGAAGCCAUCAGGAAACCUGUAGCCAAGGGAAAACAGAACUACCCUGGAGCCAGAAAACCCGGAGACAACUGAGGACAGCAGCACUUCCUCUCCUCCCUGGGACUAGGCCUCCAAGUGGCUCUGAGGCCUGUUCUCAUCAGAGGAGGCACCUCUCCCUGGACACCCAGACCCCAGGACUCAGACGUCAGGGCCAGCCCUGACCCCUUGGCAGAGGAGCCAUGAUGGAGUGAGUGGGGAGGGGCAGCCAGCAGGUCCGCUAGCCAGGUGACGGCAGAAGAGAGGUCUUACAGGUGCUCCUCAGUGCCGGACGCCCAGCACCAGCACGGUCUGCAGUGAUGGCACCCUCCCCUCGCCCACCCCGUGGCCUUGUCCAAAGAAGCUUCACAGCUUGACCUCUGCCCCGCCCUAACCCUAACCUCUGCCCUGCCCAUGCUGGUGUUGGCAUGAAUGAUGUGAAAUGGUUAAAAACUGGACUUGAGUUUGUACAAAAAAGUAUUUGUCAAGUAAUUAUUUUCUUUAUGUUCAAAUGCUUUUUUUAAUGAAGAACCAUAAAGUCUGAGUCAAAAUACAAACAAUGGCGGRCCUUCUGCCCCUCCUCUGUCGCCACAGCGUCGCCCGGUGUGUGGACUUCCUUCCUGCGCAGGGAAAACUCACUCGGAGGCUGGCCGGCUCUCUGUUGCCUUGUUAUUACUUGCCUUUCAAGUCAAAAGGCCUGGGCUUUUCUUCCCAUCAAAUCCCAUCUUGCCUUCAAGAAAGGUUUGGG